UCCUCUUAGCAACCGAGUGGCGGCGCUUGGUUCCCCAGCAACCAAGAGAAGCGUCUGCUGCAGGAAACCAGCCUGGUAGCUGAGAAGGAAAAUCCGGAUUUGUUUCUGUGUGAGGAGAUUACUUCAUUGACAGGAAAGAUGAACCGGAUGUAUGGCUCGAUGGAGCCAAGAGUGAUGGACGACGACAUGCUCAAGGUGGCUGUGGGAGAGCAGGGCCCACGGGAUGAAGCUGGGCAGCUGGCCAAGCAGGAGGGCAUCCUCUUCAAAGAUGUUCUGUCCCUGCAAUUGGACUUCCAAAACAUCCUUCGCAUAGACAAUCUCUGGCAGUUUGAGAACUUGAGAAAGCUGCAGCUGGACAACAAUAUCAUCGAGAGGAUCGAGGGUCUGGAGAACCUCAUACACCUUGUCUGGCUGGAUCUGUCCUUCAACAACAUCGAGGCCAUUGAGGGGCUGGACACACUGGUGAAUCUGGAGGACCUAAGCUUGUUCAACAACCGGAUCUCCAAGAUUGACUCCCUGGAUGCUCUGGUCAAGCUGCAGGUGCUGUCUCUGGGCAACAACCAAAUUGGCAACAUGAUGAAUCUCAUUUACCUGCGAAAGUUCAAGUGCCUGCGGACACUCAGCCUCUCCGGGAACCCCAUCGCUGAGGCAGAGGAUUACAAAAUGUUCAUCUAUGCCUACCUUCCUGAUCUUGUGUACCUGGACUUUCGGCGCAUUGAUGAGCACGCGAAAGAGCUGGCGGAGAUGAAGAACCAGUACAGUAUUGAUGAGCUGAAGCACCGGGAAAACCUGAUGCAGAUCCGCCAGGAGGAAGAGCAGGCCCGGCGGAUGAAGCUGGAGGAACACAAGAUGGCAUUCGUUGAGCAUCUGGAUGGCUCCUACCUCUUCGACAGCAUGUAUGUGGAGGAUGUGGAGGGCAGCAAACUGUCCUAUCUGCCUGGCGUGGGAGAGCUCCUAGAGGCCUAUAAGGACAAAUUUGUCAUCAUCUGCCUGAACAUUUUUGAGUACGGCCUGAAACAGCAGGAGAAGCGGAAAGCAGAGCUGGACACCUUCAAUGAGUGCAUCCACGAGGCCAUCCAAGAAAACCAGGAGCAGGGCAGACUCAAGAUUGCUAAGUUCGAGGAGGAGCACUUGAUGAAUUUAAAUACCAUUCAAGAAGAGACUGAUCUGCUGAACAUUGAGAAGAUGAUAAUGGAGUGCAGUGAGGACAUCACUGAGCUAUUCAAUGUGCUCAUGACACUGGAGAUGCAGCUGGUAGAGCAGCUGGAGGAGGCUAUAAACAUGUUUGAAAGGAACAUCAUCGACUUGGUGGGACUCUUUAUCGAAAAUGUCCAAAGCUUAUAUCCUUUUUGUGAUGACAUUUCCCCUCCUAAGAAGAUGGCCAUCGGCAGAGUCACCAGUGCCCUAAACAGGUUGACAGAGAUAGCAAGAAAUUAGCACUCCAUGUCAUAUUUCAUUUUUUAUUGGAAAUAUCUAUUUGCCACUUGAUUUAGAGAAAGAUCUAUACCUCCACCAAGAGGAUAUUUAAAUUUACUAUAGGAUCCUAUUUAAUGGGGAUCUCCACCUUUGAAAUUAGAAGAAUGUAAAACACCCAGUUUUCUACCAACAAAAGCUUCAAAGGAUGUAGACUUAAAACCACAUGGAAUGUUCAAGACUGUUCUUUGGGGUCCAAGGUGGUUCCCAACCUUCAGAACAACAGUAGACUUGGUAGGGUGACAUUCAAAUGCCCAGAGGGACUGCUGUUCAGUAGAGUCCUUGCCUGUUUUUUUCUCAAGGUGGGUGAUGUUCAUGGGCAGAUGACAUCCCAAAAUCACCACCUGCUCCUGUGUUGCAGUCAAACAUACUCUGGGGUUAGAUAACAUAUACAUUGAAGGCACUGACAAAUUAUGUGUUCCUCAAGUUAAAUGUUAGAGUUAGGAGUUUACAUUUGGAGCAUGUCAACCCUAUGGUCAUCUGAACUCAAGGCCCUGUCACACGGGAGGCAAACUGUAUGUACUGUAUCAUACAUGGAAGCAAGCCCUUGUUCUGUCUUCUUGGGGCUCAGAUCCAGCAAGUGGACAGAAGUUGCGGAGGUAACAAGUGGCACUCAAGGCACAGGGUGAGUAGCAGCCAACUCAGAGGCCAGGGCCAGGGGCCUCCCUGAGAGAGGAUCCACUAAGUAAGAGCCCGUAAGUGGCCAAAGGGACCAGGAGAAAGAGGAGUGGAGAGAUUACAGGCAGAAAAGACAACCUGUGCAAAGGCCCUGAGGAUAGGUCAGAGGAGCUUGGUUCUGUGAAGACUUCAGGCCAUAUUAGAGAAUUGGAAGCUCCUGGGAGCUUUAAGCAAGAGACAGAUGGGUCCUGGCUACCUUCGUCCUUAAGCUCACUCUGGCUGCUAUGGGGAGAAGGGGCAAGAAUAAGAAAGACUCGCUAGGAAUGAUGGUGCAUGCCUGUAACCCCAGUGGCUUGGGAGGCUAAGGCAGGAGGAUCAUGAGUUCAAAGCCAGUCUCAGCAACUUAGGGAGGCCCUAAGCAACUUAGC